CUAGCUCACCGUAGGCGGUUUGAACGAACUUUAUUAAUAGCGGUCUUCAGUCACUAGUUAAACAUGGGGGCACGGUUUGCGCGAAUGGUCAGAAAUUUCAACCUAGAAAACCGAGUACACCAAGAAAUCUCCAGGGAAAAGCCAAGCGCAGCACCCCGACACGCGGGCAGCCUUCCGCCGUCCUCCGGUAGCUGUGAAGCAGCGGAUUCAAUCAACCAGAAGAACGACCCUCUGCUGAAGCUGCUCAGGUCUGUGUAUGUGGAGUCGAAGGAUACAGCACCAGCAGCAGAGGCAUCAAAGGAAGUGAAAGUGGAUAAACAAGUGGAGCGCCGACCGCUCAGGUUCAGUUUAAAAGGAGACUUCUAUGGCCUUAUGGACCUCACAGAUGUUCCUAAAGGCAAAUUGACCAUCACUGAGGCUCUGAAGGCCCUCGGUAGCCACCAACAGCAGCCUCAGACAUGGACUGCAGAAAAGAUUGCUCAGGAAUAUUCUCUAGAAUUGAAAGACACAAAGUCUCUUCUAGAGUUUUUUAUCCCCUUCCAGGUUCACAUCAUACCACCCAAGAAUGAAAAUGCCAAGCAGAUAAAGGCUUCUUAGAACUGGAUUGUUGGUGAAA